GUGCACCACCACCACCAUCAUCACCAUAAUAGCGAGGCGAGCAGUAUUGCAAAUCGCGCGAGGUGACUCCUGGCGCCGCACACAGCGCCCCCUGGCAUCGUCGCCCGGUGGAGCGAGGUGGUGCGAGUCGCGGCACCGAAUCGCCUCUACACCCCCCCCCCCCCCGCCGGUCACUCGGAGAGUCGGGCGGCUGGACCCUUGAGCCACCCGUCACAAACCACAGUCGACCACCACCAGAGACUCCACUCGGUCCUCGUGGCCCGAGCGUCGCGGGUUCCGCUCGACCGCUCCGUCUCCAUGGGCGGCACUCCGCGCUCUGCGGGGAGCAGGCUGACCUGCUACACGAUCGCCAAGAAGGCUCUGCUCGUCUCCGUGCUGCUGUUGCUGCCAUACUUCACCUGGAAUGCGUACGUGGUCCACAUGACGUACCCGCGGUUCUACAGCCCCGUCGCACCCGCCCGGACGGACGUGAACUCGCUGACACCGUGGCUGGCGCCCAUCGUGUGGCAGGGAACCUACGACCCCAGCUUCCUCGAAGAUGCGCACCGUGAGAAGAACGUCACGGUGGCGCUCACCGUGUUCGCUGUGGGCAAGUACGUGAAGUUCCUGGAGCGCUUCCUGAGCUCGGCGGAGCAGCACUUCAUGGUGGGGCGGCACGUGGUGUACCAUGUGAUGACCGAGCGCCCCGAAGCCGUGCCCCGCCUGGAGCUGCCUCCAGGCCGCAGCCUGCGCGUGGGCCUCGUGGACAAGCACUCGCGCUGGCAGGAUAUCUCGAUGGCGCGCAUGCAGAAGCUGGGCGAGCUCUUGGAGGACAUCGCCCAGGAGGCUCAAUACGUCUUCUGCUUCGACGUCGACAUGGAGUUCCAAGGCCCCUUCGGGGUGGAGGCCCUGGGGGAUCUAGUGGCCGUGCUACACCCCUGGUUCUACAAGCGCCCUCGCUCCAUCUACAGCUUCGAGGGGCGGCCUGCGUCCACCGCGUUCGUGAUGCCAGCCGACCGUCUCUACUACUACCACGCGGCCGUGUUCGGGGGCACGCCUGCCUCCGUGCGCCACCUCGUGCUCAGCUGCAGCCGGACGAUCAGCGAGGACCGUGACCGCGGGGUGGAGGCCCUUUGGCACGAUGAGAGUCACCUGAACCGCUACCUGGCGGCCGAGCGGCGGCCCACCAAGGUGCUGUCCCCCGAGUACAGCUGGGACUCCAAGAUGGUGCCGGCGCGGGAGGUGCGCAUCAUUCGCCUCGCCACUGUCAUCAAGGACUACUCCAAGAUCCGCGACAACUGGUGACGAGAGGCGACCGCCCUCCACCACCCCCCCCCCAUCCUCCUCCAUCCCGAACGUUACCUCACACUAGCCAUCAACUUCGAUGCCACCACCACCACCUCCCCCCCACCGAGUUCUAUAAGUGUCCUUACUAAUGAAGGUACCAGCGAGCUGCGGAGUACAGCUCGCAGAACUGAGCGUUUGAUGACCUCAUAGAUUUCUGAAAGAUGAGUUGUGUAAAAAUUGUGUGAUUAAUCGAGUUUGUGUUGCAGAUCUCAAAAUCUCUUAAGAGCAUGCCCAUUGUGCAGGUUCCCUCAAUCAACAUUCGAUCCCUCUGCACCACACUCCUCCCCGCUUGGAUUCUUGAGCCACGGCUGUGGGAGUCCGUCAGUGGCGGCUUCCCCCCCACAGCCUCCCUCAGCCGUUGCUUCGGUGAUGCCAACGCCCGAUUUGUGCCCGUGGUGUAGAAAGAGGCCAGUCCUCCGUGGAAAGAACAUCAAAGAUUCUGUUCAAUUGUUUACGUCUAAGAUCAAUGUUUGCAGCCUUUAUAUUCUCAGGUAUGUUUUACGUUACCAAAAUCGUGUCAUCAAAACGUGUAUCGAGUGUAAUUUGUCAAGAAUUUCAUUGUUCGGAGUUGCUGUGUGUGGUGAAUAUACACUGACUACGUCCCCAACCCUUGGCGAUUCCAAAUGAGAUUAAUCGUUGAAAUCCAUUACAAAAAAUAUUGUGGCGAAGGUAGCAGCCACUAGUAGCUGGCAGGGAUUAUGUGAACCUAUUACAGGCAACGUUCACGCAUUAAAAAUUUAAUUCUAAUGCAUGAGAUUAUACACGUAUCAUGGAGCUCAGAUAAUCGACCUUCGUUGAUUUCACAAGUGCACCGUUAUACCUCCCACCGGAUUUGCACAAGACCACAUACACUCAUGUUUCUAGCGUGCCUUUGUUGAACAAUUACAUGUGUUCACGACGUCUUUAUUUCAUAUUUAGCAAGGCAGUCUUGAUGUAAUUUCUUCCACUUGGGUAAAUGUAAGAGAGGUCUCUUUACCUCUGGUGUGGGCACUGCAGCAGAACUGACACACUCUUCUAAGCACAAUCACUGCAGUGUUUGCUCCGCUUUACGCUAAUACAGCCUUGGCGUGGCUCCAAUGACCUCACAUUUGGCUGUCUCAUUCUGUCCGGCAAUAUUUGCCACACGGGGUGAACCAAAUUAAAAUUAAUCGAAUUCUGUACCAUGAUGCCCACAACAUAUGUCAGUGUCAGCCUCCGGGCCAUGUCAGCAUGUUGACCAAAAGUUUAAACCAAGCAAAAUCUAUUGCGGAGUGUAAGGGAAGUUAUUUAUGUACCCAUUAUGUUCCACAAGCACAUAUCAAGUGUCGCCAAAAGGCUUUGAGGGUCCCAGGACAAAAUCUCAGGUGGCAUCCCCUGUAAGGCCUUCUUUACAUUAAUCGAUUUCAUCGCUUUGUUGUAUAUAUGCAGUGGUCAUCAUGUUUGUUUUUUCCGGCCAUCGCUUAAUACUACCACGGGCUGAUGGAGCUCAUCUUUACCGAUUUCUCACUCAGUCCCUGAACACGCGCUCCUGCAAAUGCCUGCACCAUUGCGCAAAUUACUCCCACGUCCAAUUUUAUUUUCCUGUGUGCGUGUUUUUAUUUAUCUAAUGUUAACAUAAUUUGUAUGGGUAUUUAUGAGUACUGUACAUGUAAUUUUUUUUACCAAGUUUUGAUUUUUUUAAAGUCACAUUCAUGGAUUAUGAGAAAAAAAUUGUCCACGCGUCACCUCAUCCACAAAUGCAGCGAUGAUAUGUUUAUUAACGUAACAACGCAAACCAUUGACUAAUUGAAUAAAAAAACGUUUCAAUCA